UCUUCGCCUCUGCGGCCAGAGGAGCACUUUGGAGAGGCUCCUGCGGCGCUGAGCGAGCCUGGAGCCCGCGGCGGGCGCCUGCCUGAGCCGGGCAGAGCCUGGGCAGAAAACCCGUCCCAAGAGUUGGAUUCCCUGCAAGCCCGGGCACAGCUGAGCGGGGGCUGGCCAGGAGAAACUCCCCCCCCCCCCAGGGCCGGACAAAUAUCUCUCUGCCCCACUCCCGUAAACAAACAAAGAUGAGAAUUCAUUUCAUCUGAAUUUUACCUGCCUGUGAACAACGGCACCAUGGAUCUGGUGUACGAGUUGCCCAAUGUUACUGAGUUCUGGUUCUCUUCAGCCUCCCAGUUCGACAACUUCUCCACAGACAUGUCUGCCAAUGCCUCCCAGAAUACUACAGGCCAGCAUUUUGACCUGACCAGCAACGCCAUCCUUACCUUCAUCUACUUUGGGGUGUGCACUAUAGGUCUGUGUGGCAACACACUGGUGAUCUAUGUCAUCCUCCGCUAUGCCAAGAUGAAGACCAUCACCAACAUCUACAUCCUGAACCUUGCCAUCGCAGAUGAGCUCUUCAUGCUGGGGCUGCCAUUCCUGGCCAUGCAGGUGGCUCUGGUCCACUGGCCCUUCGGCAGAGCCAUCUGCCGGAUCGUCAUGACUGUGGAUGGGAUCAACCAGUUCACCAGUAUCUUCUGCCUGACUGUCAUGAGCAUCGACAGGUACCUGGCUGUGGUCCACCCCAUCAAAUCUGCCAAGUGGAGAAGGCCAAGAACGGCCAAGAUGAUCAACGUUGCCGUGUGGGGUGUGUCCCUUCUGGUCAUUAUGCCCAUCAUGAUUUAUGCUGGGAUCCAAAACAACCAUGGAAGGAGUAGCUGCACCAUCAUCUGGCCAGGCGAGUCUGGCGCAUGGUACACAGGAUUCAUCAUAUAUGCCUUCAUUCUGGGCUUCCUGGUGCCUCUCACCAUUAUCUGCCUUUGCUACUUGUUCAUCAUUAUCAAAGUCAAGUCCUCUGGGAUCAGAGUGGGCUCCUCCAAGAGGAAAAAGUCAGAGAAGAAAGUCACCAGGAUGGUCUCCACCGUAGUGGCAGUCUUCAUCUUCUGCUGGCUUCCCUUCUACAUAUUUAACGUCUCCUCUGUCUCUGUCUCCGAAUCCAUCACCCCCACGCCCUUCCUUAAGGGUAUGUUUGAUUUCGUUGUGGUCCUCACCUAUGCCAACAGCUGCGCCAACCCCAUCCUCUACGCCUUUUUGUCCGACAACUUCAAGAAGAGCUUUCAGAACGUUCUCUGCCUGGUGAAGGUCAGUGGCAUGGAUGAUGCCGACAGGAGCGACAGCAAGCAGGACAAAUCCAGGCUAAAUGAGACCACGGAAACUCAAAGGACUCUGCUUAAUGGUGACCUUCAGACAAGCAUCUGAGAGGACUCCAGGAUUGCCCUUCUCAGCUGUCCUCUUUCCUCCUCCUCCCCACUCCUUUAUAUGGCAGUAGUACACAUCAAGUCAGGUCAAGAAUAUUUGGUCGUUGUUUGCUUGUCUUAGGGGAUGGUAAUGCAGGGAGGGGGGCCUGUGCCAAGAGUACCCUCUUAGCGGAAGGCAGGUUGGUUUUGAAUAUUCAGAAAGAUGCUGCUCAAAUGCAACUUCAUACAUGGAAAGACACACACACACACACACACACACACAC